CCCUGGGAUCAGUAAGGCCGGUCCCCAGCUGUCAGUCCGUCCUGUCUGUCGGUCGCGUCCGUGCUCGGUGCCAUGCCGUUCCUUGGGCAGGACUGGCGGUCCCCGGGACAGAGCUGGGUGAAGACUGCCGACGGCUGGAAGCGCUUCCUGGAUGAGAAAAGCGGCAGUUUCGUGAGCGACCUCAGCAGUUACUGCAGCAAGGAGGCAUACAAUAAAGAGAACCUUUUCAACAGCCUGAACUAUGAUGUUGCUGCCAAGAAGAGAAAGAAAGACAUCCUGAACAGCAAAACCAAAACUCAGUAUUUCCAUCAAGAAAAAUGGAUCUACGUUCACAAAGGAAGUACUAAAGAGCGCCAUGGCUACUGCACUUUGGGAGAAGCUUUCAACAGACUGGACUUCUCGACCGCCAUCCUGGACUCCAGAAGAUUCAACUAUGUAGUCAGGCUGUUGGAACUGAUAGCGAAGUCGCAGCUCACAUCCCUGAGUGGCAUCGCCCAGAAGAACUUCAUGAACAUUUUGGAAAAAGUAGUUCUGAAAGUCCUCGAAGACCAGCAGAACAUCAGACUCAUAAGGGAACUUCUCCAGACCCUCUACACAUCCUUAUGCACGCUGGUCCAGAGAGUUGGCAAGUCUGUCCUGGUGGGCAACAUUAAUAUGUGGGUGUACCGGAUGGAGACCAUUCUACACUGGCAGCAGCAGCUGAGUGGCAUCCAGAUCACCAGGCCUGCCUUCAAGGGCCUCACGUUCACCGACCUGCCUGUGUGCUUGCAGCUGAACAUCAUGCAGAGGCUGAGCGAUGGACGGGACCUGGUCAGCCUGGGCCAGGCAGCCCCAGACCUGCAUGUGCUCAGUGAGGACCGGCUGCUGUGGAAGCGACUCUGCCAGUACCAUUUCUCAGAACGGCAGAUCCGAAAGCGACUGAUCUUGUCUGACAAAGGACAGCUGGAUUGGAAGAAGAUGUAUUUUAAGCUGAUACGAUGUUACCCACGGAGAGAGCAGUAUGGGGACACCCUGCAGCUUUGCAGACACUGCCACAUCCUCUCCUGGAAGGGCACUGACCAUCCGUGCACAGCCAACAACCCUGAGAGCUGCUCCAUGCCACUGUCCCCCCAGGACUUCAUUAACUUGUUCAAGUUCUGAAUCCCAACACAUGACAGCACUUCACGAGGCCCCUGCUGACCAGAUGGCUGGGAGUUCGGAUCCUUCCUUUGUAAAUAGUACAUUUUAAGCCUUGGCUUGAGACUUCUAAGUCACUGAGGAGAAGACUUUGGAAGGAAGAGAUGCAGCUGCCAGUGGGAAUUUACAAAUGUGAACUUCACAUUAGAACUGGUACGGGAAAACAGAUACUGUAAAUAGACUUUUUAUUUUUUUUUCCUAACUAUUUGCCAGCAAGACUAUAAGGGCAAGAACUCUAUGUCUGUCAUGAAAAUGGAGUCCUCUUGAUGUUCACGGAAACUUCCGAAGAAAAAGGCAAAACUCAAAGGCAAGACAGAACACUGUUUACAAUGUGAUAAUGCUAAGACAAAAUGAGGAAGAAGAAAAAUGAACACUUCAGUUGAGAAGUCCUUGGGCUUUGGGUUUGGUUUUGGGGUUUUUUUGAACAGGCAGAGACGUCCGCCCAUCUGAAACCUGCACGGGGCAUAAGGCCUUAUCCUACGAAGAUGCCACACAAUGGUCUACCUCUAAAAGCAUAGAGUGCUCUCUGACAGCAUGCGUUAUCUAGCAGGCAAUGUCUGUGUUUCAUGUAAGUUCUUUCAUCUGUCAAUGAUCUGAGAUGAGAACGCUAUUAGAAAA